GAUAUGUCGCCGGGCACCCUCGGCAAUGACUCGCAAAUGUAGGAAGGAGCAAGAAUAGCCGCCCCCCAUACGAGCUGCUGAGGAAUGCCUCGACGAAUCCUCUUCUUAGGCUGGCCAGCUUCAGCGCCUCUUUCUCUUAAGCUUGUCCUCGAUACCCCACUCGCUUUGGUGCUUAUUCUAGGCGUUCGGCGUCUAGCAGCCUGCAGGAUCCCGCUUCCGCGCUGCCGCGAGCUCGUACGUACGGACUCGUCGGAUAGCCCUCAUUACGAAGCGUAGUAUGAGCAUCCUUCAUUUCUCUACCAAUCAGGCUGCGGCCACGCAAAGAACAUUUGAUAAGUUGGCGUGCUUUUCGCGGCAGUGAGCCCAGCUUCGCGGUCCGACCACCCUACCCACCUCCCUAGCUAUGCUUUACCUACUCUUGCUUCUAUCAGCCCUCCGCGCCGUCUUCGCGGCUCCCAUUAUUGAUCAUGAGGAGGCUUUUGCAGCUCCAAAUGCACCCCUCGGACGGGACCUCCUCUCCUUCCUGGGCGAUGCGUCCAAUGGCAGAGCAAGUUCAGCAUCAAACCUACCUCAACAGGCUCUCAAGUCGUUGAGCGAUAUUGAUGAGCUUGCCCCAUUUGACGAGGACUCACCGGUAUCCAAGCGAGCUGCUGCAGCAUGCCGAAUUGCACAGCAGAUAUUCCCCGGGCGUGUCUUCGCAGCGAAUGAUGCCGACUAUCACGACGAGCAGGUUAUCAACUGGUCCCAGACAUGCUGGCUGCCAGCCGCUUGCUUCAUUCGGCUGCAGAGCACGACUGAGGUUGCUGCAGCAUUGAAGGUCAUCAGGCACGUGGGGACCAAGUUCGCUGUUCGAAGUGGAGGCCACAACCCCAAUUCUGGGUUCGGCAGUAUCGACGGGUCUGGCGUGCUCCUUGACCUCCAAGGUCUGGAUGCUCUAUCCUUACGCAAGGAUGGCAUGCUCCAUGCUGGCCCCGGAAACUCAUGGGGAAAGAUAUACGACUUCCUUGACCCCCACAGCAUUACUGCAAUAGGUGGUCGUCACUAUACCGUCGGCAUACCGGGUUUCUUACUCGGAGGUGGAAUGACUUUCUUCCCGAACCUGUAUGGCGUAGGUACUGAUAGCGUGAAGAACUACGAGGUCGUCCUUGCAAACUCGACUAUCGUCAAUGCUAAUCGUGACGAGAACGCUGACCUGUUCCGGGCGCUGAAGGGCGGCGGACCCAACUUUGGCAUCGUAACUCGCUUCGACAUUGAGACGCAUCCACUCCACAAGGUCCAAUACGCCGUCGCGCUCUAUGAUCCUUCCGACUAUGUCAACAUCCUUAACGCCACCAUACAGGUGCAGGAGGCCAUGGAGGAGGAUCCUAAGAUUGGCUUCUUCCUGAACGUGAACCCCACCGUUAUCAUUACAGGCCUUCUGUAUGCCGAAUGGUCCGCCGCACCUCCGAAAGUGUUCGACGCGUUCACUGGCUUGAAAUCUUACUGGGGUCCCUAUAUCCCACUCACGAAUGGUACGAUCGCUAGCCUGACGAGCGCUAUCAAUAUCGGCGAUUUCCCCGCGAAGAGAGAGCCGUACGCGGCUAGCACCAGAAUCGACCAUGACCUUUACGUCGACGUCCAUGAGCGCUACCUGGAGCUGCUGAAGACCGAUAUGCCUUCAGCCAAUCUCUCAUAUACGAUUCAGCCCGUGUCAAAGGCCACAGUCAUGGCCGGCCAGCAGCGUGGAGGAAAUGCACUGGGCUUGGAAGUCACUCCCCAGUCAUGGUAUGCACCACUCGUCGAAUGGUUCGACGACGAUGCAGACGAUGCAGCGCACUAUGCGCUCAACUCUCUCGGUAAGCAUGUGAUUUCAUCCGCCGAGGAGAGGGGAAAGCUUCUUGAAUACCAGUUCAUGAAUGAUGCUUCGUAUACUCAGACGAUCUUGGAUAGCUAUGGCUCCGAGAACGUGAAUAUGUUGAAGGAUGUUGCGAGGAAGUACGACCCAGAGGGUGUGUUUCAGAAGCUGCAGCAUGACGGGUUCUUGUUAAAGAAAUUGUAAGCCGCCGAGGUUCCGACUUAUCUAUCGUGGGCAUAAAUCGGUGGAAAUCUUGGCAGCCUCUCGAUUUUCGCGGGCGCGCGCGGGGUUAAGAAAAGACGCCUUCAUCUACAAAUUUCUCUUCAAUGCUUUUUCUUCAAAAUUUGAAGGAGAGUUCUUCGGUACGUGGAGAAGAGUUCUUCAAAUUUGAAGAACAUCCUUUAAAGCAUAAGAAACUUCGCAUUUUCUCUUUAACAGCGCCGUGUUUUUUCUUCAAAUUUUGAAG